UAGUCCAAUCAAAACCCAGUUGAGUAGUUAUCGGAUAAGUCAGUUUCCGGCUAUAUCUCAGGCGAUUCAUAGACCUAAUAGAGUGUUUGUGGGAAUGGCUUCAGGUGGGCAAAAGUUUCCUCCACAAAAGCAGAAUAGCCAGCCUGGUAAAGAGCAUGUUAUGGACCCAACUCCACAGUACACCAAUCCUGAUUAUAAGCCCUCUAAUAAGCUCCAGGGAAAGGUGGCAGUGGUGACUGGUGGAGAUUCUGGCAUAGGAAGAGCUGUGUGCCGUAGUUUCGUGAUUGAAGGGGCAACCGUGGCCUUCACAUAUGUUAAGGCUCAAGAGGAUAAGGACGCUGAUGAUACUCUUCAGAUGCUAAAGAAGCAUAAGACUGCUGAUGCUAAGGAUCCUAUUGCAAUACCUGUGGAUUUGGGGUUUGAUGAGAAUUGCAAGAGAGUGGUUGAUGAGGUGGUAAAUGCGUAUGGUCGGAUUGAUAUUUUGGUUAACAAUGCAGCUGAGCAGUAUGAGUGUAGCUCUGUGGAGGAGAUUGAUGAGCAGAGGCUUGAAAGGGUGUUUAGGACUAAUAUCUUCUCCUACUUCUUCAUGACCAGGCAUGCCUUGAAGCACAUGAAAGAAGGCAGCUCUAUAAUCAACACAACAUCAGUUAAUGCAUAUAUGGGAAACUCCCAGUUGCUUGACUACACAUCAACCAAAGGUGCAAUUGUGGCUUUCAUUAGAGGACUAGCACUCCAGCUAGUUAGCAGAGGCAUAAGGGUCAAUGGCGUCGCGCCUGGACCCAUUUGGACUCCAUUGAUACCGGCAUCAUUCAAAGAAGAGGAGGUUGCUAAUUUUGGAAAACAAGUGCCUAUGCAAAGAGCUGGCCAGCCAGCUGAGGUUGCCCCUAGCUAUGUGUUCCUCGCUUGUAACCACUGCUCUUCUUACAUUACUGGCCAAGUCCUUCACCCUAGUGGUAAGUUUGUUCUUCAUGCUUACACAACAGUUGCAAUUGUAACUGAUGGUUGGUUGGUUGUUGCAGGUGGUGUAAUCGUGAACGGUUAAUUAUUGAGGGCUUGUCAAGCUUCCGAUCUUGUUUAGGCUUAUGGCCUUUGUUGUGUUUAGGCUUAUGGCCUUUGUUGUGAUGCUAGUGCAUGUGUUUUGAUGUCUGUUUCUUCCAUGUAACACAGUAUAUGCCAAGUCUCUAUCAUGUUGAUGUAUGUAUGUCUAUAUGAUGUCCAGUAGUCUUUAACACACACACACACACACACACACACAACGUUAAAAUAUCCAGUUUGUUACUUUUAUGAAACCAAGCUGUAGAACUUGUUGCUGUAACGUUGUAUGCAUGUUGUUAGGGUUAUUGGUUAGCCGUGAAAGAAUCUGCUUGUGUCUAGGAGACUACGAAAAUGGGCUUUAAUUCGUGAGAAAACCAAACAGUGUACACAGCAAAUUGCCUAAUUGUCUAGCAGCGGCUACAAAUCAACUUGUCUAGGAGACUACGAAAUUGGGCUUUAAUUCGUGAAGAAUUCAAACAAAGGGCACAGUAAAUCGCCUUAUUUGCUAGAAGCAACUACAAAUCAACUUGGCACAAUGCUCGACAUGAUAACCAGCCAACCAACAAGUAGGGCAUAGUAAUUUGCCAUUGCAGCACCGGUAAAAAGUGUGCUAUUUCAAGGUUGAAGAUGUACAAUUAAGAUUAAGAUUCAUCUCAGGCAAUUUCAACCCAAUUUCACCAACUUACAGUUGAAAGGCUCUGAACUCGAAGAAUUAUAAAAUCCAUUUUCCUGGCCUUGCCUGGUUUCACUUGUCCAUCAUUUAAAGGGUUUGGUAGUUCUGUUCACCAUUUAUCGUGUGGGGUGGAUGCUUGUGGAGUGUUCGCCUUGCUAACAGUCUUGAAUGGGGUAUUUUUCCUGGGCAUGGAGAAGUGACAGAAGUCUUUUACCUACUAAUGAAUACAUUAUUUAAUUUACAGACCAAUGCAUUCUUGUUCUUGGCAUUACUAAAAUAUGUGGAGUGAGUGCACAUUUUAGCUUA